AUGGAUGUCUCACAGUUUCUGAAGUCUUUCAAGAAGAACGUGGCGGCAAAGGCCAAACUUGGCUCUUCUGUGCGGCAGACAAACGAGGCCACGAGCUCCGCUAGAGACGAAGAUGUGACGGAGGUCUUUCACUCCUCCAGCGACAGCGAGGCGGAGGGAGAGGCCGAGGACGGAGAGGUGAUCCUUGGCGGCCGAGCAGACAAGAUGGCCGGCAAGCGGUACACGGCAAGUACGGCACACAGGAAACGAAAUCGAGAUUUUGCCGCCUUGAAGGUGGUUGAGACCAACAGUGCCGCUGCCGUCGAGGCGGGCCGGUUUCAGCGCCAACGCGCCGCCUUGGCAAGGCAGGCAACAGAUACUCGCAAGCCGCCACGCACGGAAAUGAUUGCGUCCGUGCGGGCCGAGCUGUUGCGGCAGCGCGAGAGGCUGCGCGGAUCGAAUGCACUCGAUUCGGUGAGUCAGGCCGAUGAACCAAUGCAAAAGAUGGAGACCACGAUGAUCGAGGUAGAAGACCUUCUCCAGGCCAGUGCGCCAACAGCCCCCUCAUCCGCCUCGGUGCUAGAUUUCUUGCCCGCAGGACCUCUCCCUGGUUCACGGGAGGCGACUCACACGGCCGCACCACCUGCAGCAUCAACGGCAGUCGCCGAGAGCGAACUGCAACCGCCACCAAACCCGGUCACAAAUCGCACGGCCGUGACCCCCACACUGAAUGAUCCCGCAAUGGGGGAGUCUCCCAAAGUGCCAAAGAAGAGGACAAAGUUUGAGCUGGCAAUGGCAAUGGCUCACGACGAGGUAGCCUCCUGA